CUAGCGCUCAGCUGCCUCAAAUCGCUAGCCACUUAUGACUUCAUCGCGACUGCAUGCACAAGUCGCCUUGACCGAGACCUGCUGCAUUAUUCCAAUCGUUCCCUCUCCAGGCGAGUGGUAGUCUCCGAGCACACUCGACACAUACGCCAACGUUCUACUGUACUACUGUGCUGCUGCACGACUGAAGCGCUGCACCCAGUCACGAGCAGCUAUUGCGAAUGACGGACACCUGUCGAAGCUGUCCCCGCCCCUCACCGUAAUGUGUGCGUUGCCGUUGUGAUCAGCGUCCCGAUCAAUGAGAUGUCCGCGCUGCAUGCCUCCACAGCGCCUUCAAGCCAUUUUUCCAUCCCAUGCUCGCCUUCCACCCAGGCCGCAGCCUAUCAGUCAACAAAUUCUUUGAAGCGACCACCCGGAUUGGGAUGGUCAUACGAAUAUCACUUCAGCCAUUAAAAAAACCCUUCAUCUCUAGCCUCAACUAUCCCCUUCUUCGUGACCUGGCUGAAAUCCGAGCGUAAAUAAAAAAUAAUCAUCAGCGCAAUGGCCAUCAUAUCUCAGAGCUCAGAGAUACUCCGCCGGGCGAUUAUCUUCUCAGCCUUUCUCCCGAUUACAUUGGCAUUCUAUUUUGUUACUUUUGCUGCGGAUGUUGUCUUUGGAGAAUCCACAAUGCCUUCUCAGCUUCGUUCAAUCAUCGGCACCAUCCGCAAGAAGCCCACCUCGGCGGCAGAUGGACGCUCAGAGGAAGUUUUGUCUGGAGGCGGUCAGGUGAAGAAGACAUCCAUAGCUCAUGAUGUACGCACUCUUGGCCUGAAGAACACACGCACCGUUGCUGAGGCAAUCACAACGCUUGCUUCUGGUGAACCGUUGGACGACAAAGAAUUACUGCUUGAACAUGGCGUCUCCAUGCUUCAAAGCAUGCCACUCAACAGCGGUUUGAGUGAGAAGAUCUCAGAUGGCUUCAUUUCUAUGCUUUGGAAUGAUCUGCCUCAUCCCGUAGUCACAUAUUCUGGUCCUACAGCAAGAUAUCGACGACAUGAUGGUGGAAACAACAACCCAAAUAACCCGGAGAUGGGUAAGGCUGGUAUGCCCUACGCGCGCAACGUGCCACCAACGAAGCCGAAGGGUCCGAAUUUACCAGAUGUUGAAGCCGUGUACGAAUCACUUCUGAGGCGCGAUGGACCUUUCAAGCCCCAUCCGUCAGGCUUGAAUCGCCUUUUCUUCUCGUUUGCCACAAUGGUUAUCCAUGAAUGUUUCCAGACCUCCAGGACUGAUCAUUGGAUCAACGAGACUUCGAGUUAUGUUGAUCUGAGCACGCUCUAUGGUAACACGGAGAAAGAACAACCGCGCGUCCGCACCUACAAGAAUGGCCUAAUCUACCCGGACUCUAUUGCUUCAGAGAGAAUCAUGAUGAUGCCUCCGGGUGUUAUCGCUAUAUGUCUUUUGUUUUCAAGAAACCACAAUACCAUUGCUGCUGAUCUACUGUCCAUUAAUGAACAAGGGAAAUAUAAGCCGUGGGACGAACUGGAUGAAAAAGGUCAAAAGGAGCAAGACGAGGAUAUCUUUCAGCUUGCCCGUAACAUCAACGUGGGCUUCUUCGCUUCCGUGGUCUUGCGCGACUACGUGUCCGCCAUUCUGAACACACCUCGUGCAAACUCUGAAUGGAAUCUUGCGCUUGGUAAAGAAAUCAAGCAAAUGGGUAAACGCGUGGAGCGAGGUAACGGCAAUGUUGUCUCCGUCGAAUUCUGUGUUUUGUACCAUUGGCACGCUGCGCUCUCCAAUGCCGAUGCUAAAUGGAUGGAGGACAUUAUUCACAAGCAUUUUCCAGAUCUCGAAGACAUUGAGGCCCUAACCCCCAAAAUGUUCUACGAGCUGCUAAUGAAGGAAGGCCACGAGCUGAUGACUACCAAGCCGAAGGAUUGGACUUUUGGAGGUUUGAAGCGCGGUGCGAAUGGCUCGUUCAAUAACGACGACCUGGCCAAGAUCAUCAAAGAUUGCAUCGAAGAACCAGCGCACGCUUUUGGUGCGCAUGGGACACCAAAGAGUUUGAAGAUGGUGGAUAUUCUUGGCCAACUUCAGGCGAGAGAGCACUUCAAUGUGUGCACGUUGAAUGAGUUCCGUAAUUAUCUGAAUCUUAAGAGCUACGAAUCCUUUGAAGAGUGGAACGAGGACCCAGCAGUUGCACGUGCUGCAGAACUGCUCUACGGUCACAUUGACAACCUCGAACUCUACCCUGGCCUUAUGGCCGAGUGCACAAAACCUGCUAUGCCAGGUAGUGGAGUGUGUCCUGGUCAGACCACCGGUCGCGGUAUUCUCGAUGACGCUGUGGCUCUUGUCCGUGGUGAUCGAUUCCUCAGCUACGAUUUCAACAGCAACACACUCACCCAGUGGGGCGCAGCGAAGUUGCAGAAUGCUGCACAUGGAGGUGCAUACGGUGGCGUGCUUCCUAACUUACUUUUCGCUGCUCUACCGGGAGAGUGGUCUGGCACUGGUACCUACGGCUUGCUUCCAUUCUACACGCCGGAGGCAGCGAAGGGGAUUGUGAUGGGCAACAAAGUAGCCGACAAGUACGAAUUCGGAAGACCGUCGAAUGAUCUCGAUCUCGUCAGCAUUCAGACCUCUGCGGGCUGCAGGGCCGUUCUCCAAGAUCGCGACAGUUUCCGUGUCAUGCCUCAGCCCGUUGUGCGUCCAACGGUGGAUCCCUCCUGCUUGAACCCAAAGAUCCUCUUUGAGAGCAACUUUGAGCAAUCAGCCUCUGCGUUUUUUAGCGCGACCGUGAAGAAGCUGAUCCAGAAACAUUCGUUGCAUUUCCGUAAAAAGAACCAGAUCGACAUUGUUCGAGACGUCACCAACAUUGCACCCAUUCUCUGGCUGGCAGACCGGUUCGCGCUUCCUCUCAAAACAUCCGAGCAUCCUAAGGGUGUGCUUACAAUUUACGAGACCUUCACAGCUUAUAUGAUCAUUUUCAUGUAUCAGCACCUUGACAUCACGCCUCAGGCGCGUUGGCAGCUACGAGAAGGAGCUACUACUGCAGCUGGGCCACUUCGAUCGAUUUUCGAAGCGCAUCUCAAGACUCAAGUAGGAAAUGGAAUCAAGGAGGGCAUUGUAGACUGGCUUGCAAAAGGUAGUGCCUUCGAAGUCGGUCCCAAUGCGGACCGCCUCUACCAUGCCCUGCGCGACACCAAGCGCUCUGUAAAGGAUCUAGCCACAGACUGCAUCAGUUUAGGCACCCCAGUCAUCGGUUAUCUCACUCAGCAAGCAUCUUUGCUCAUCGAUCUGUUCCUGAGUCCGGGCUAUGAAGCCUACAAAGAUCGCAUCAUACAGCUCGCGCAUAUGUCACCUGCGGAAUCAGAAACAGAGCUACAGGGCUUCGUGUACGAGGGUAUGCGCCACGCCUCCGCUGUCCCCGGUAUUGCACGCGUUGCGGCAAAGGGCACAGUCGUCGUCGACGGCGAACGUGGUCAGGUUCCCAUCAAGGCCGGCAACACCGUUCUAGCCGCAACUUCAAAGGCAGCGCUCGACCCGACUGUUUUCCCCGAGCCUGAGAAGCUGAACCCGUUCCGUCCACGUGGCGACUACGCCAUCCUUACGGCGGGUAUGCACUCUGGUUUCGGCGAAAAGUUGGCCGGUCCGGCGCUUGCGGCGACGCUGAGGGAGGUGUUCAAGCUCAAGGGCUUGAGACGCGCGCAGGGAAAGCUAGGCAAGUUUUCAAUUGUCGAGAAGGAUUUGAGCGGUGUAAAGGUCAGGUAUUACCUAGACGCUAGCUCGAGGGAGAAUCCAAUCCCAACGAGCUUAACUCUCGAGUACGACCCGGAGAUCAAUGGAGUUCAUACCAACAACGCUCCCGUCAAGAGUGGGUCCAUGUACUAGACCAAUGACGGAGGUUUGUCUUUCGGUUACUAGAUAGGGAUAUCCUAAUUGACGUAAUAUAUGAGAUGGAAAGAAUGCUUACUGACUGCCCAACCCUUGCUCAUUGUGCCGCUCACAGAGAAGAAUCCAUGUCUCGACAGCCCUUGACAUCAGCAUACUAUUCUUUUGUGAGCCUUAGUCAAACUAUGUGAAGACGUGAUCGAGAUGAAGAUUAUCAUGAGCACUGGUAGCGUCAAAAGUGUACAAAUGUUAUACUCUAUCUCAAUAUGAAGAGAACAUCUACGCG